UUUCGGCGCGCUCGGGCCUGCCAGAACUUUCCCAAGCUCCGCUGUAAUUUUGCGCAGGAUGAUAAAUUUCACAGCCCAACCACAGCAUGAAUAUGUGACACAUGACCCGGCAUGGAGAUAGCUAAUCUGUCCAGUAACUGGAAGAAGAUUCAAAAAACACUACAGAAAGGGAAAUGCCAAGCUGAAGAUAAAGCAGAGAAGUCAUUGAAGAGAAAACACACGGCUGGUGCGAAGCCCAAUGGCAUUACAAAGAAGGUCAAAGUCCAUGCAACCAAUGGGACCCUGAAAGUGAAUCGCACGAAGAUGGGCUCUUACUUCUCCCGAGAACAGCCUGGGAAUGGCACUACGGCUGCACCAUCAGCUCAGCUUCAACCUCACUCCUCUAUCGACAUUGCCAAAGUCCCUUUCGACGACGAUAAUCCAACAUCUGCCCUUCUCAAACCUCUCUCGGAACCCUUCAUAUCAAAUCAAGGUUUCUAUCCUGCCGCCACUUCGCAGAAAAAUAGAUAUGUUGCUUUGGACUGUGAGAUGGUGGGUAUUGGUCCACCUCCGUACUCCGAUUCACAACUGGCUCGAGUGUCGAUAACGAACUACCAUGGGGAUGUACUAUACGACAGCUAUGUCCUACCUGUGUUACCUGUCACGGACUAUAGGACACAUGUGAGUGGUAUCGCAGAGGAGCAUCUCCAGGAAGGAGUUGCGAGGAGUUUCAAAAUGGUGCAGGACGAUGUCAAAGGUCUUUUGAAUGGGAGAAUACUUGUGGCGCACGCAGUAAAAAAUGACUUGCAAGCUCUCAUCAUAAACCACCCAAAGCAAGACAUACGCGACACGUCGAAGUACCCACCGUAUCGAGAAAUUGCAGGAGGACGAUCACCUGCAUUAAAGAGGCUUGCGGAUACAUUCCUUGGGAUUAAGAUCCAACAAGGCGAGCACUCUAGUGUCGUGGACGCACGCGCCACUAUGGCGCUAUAUCGAAGAGAAAAGGACGGCUUCGAGAGGGAAGCCGUCCGGCACUAUGGUGUAAGGAAGGAAGUGAAACCCGAUGCGGCAGCAGAAGAAGAGAGGGAAGAGCGAGACGAGAUGAGGAGGGAAAAGCAGAGAAUAAGAAACAAGAAAAAGAAGAAACGAAAGAAAUGAGCGGCGGUGUUGUUGUCUUGACAUGACGAACCGCGAUAAUAUCUCGAUAGCAGAAUGCCUGCUUGUUUGGCUGUAGUGAAAACAAUCAUAUUCUGCAACGAGUGCUGACUUUUCCACCCUUCCGCGCUUUCUAUAGCACUCGCUACU